UUGAUUUAAAGAGACAGUUAACAGUGUAUUCGUUUAAAAAACGAACAUUUGCUUGUUUAAUAUUCUUUAUCAUAUAAUUUGAAAGACAGAAUAUUCCAAGCUGUCCAAAACCAUUCGCUAUUCUUCGUUAAUUAACCCCAUGCCAAAAGCCUAGCGCUGAAUCCCAUGUCCAAGCGUGAUCACAUGAGAUGGAGGCACGACCUCUCUCAUGAGGAAAGGGUGCUCUGAAAAGCACUGAAGAAGAAUGAGUCCCCGUGACAGAGCAAAGGACUCUGGGACAGGGAACAUUCCAAUGACCCGCGAUGCUCCGUCUCUCCGGAUGUUCCGCAGAUUGAAAAAACGCUGUCCGCCGCCUCCAUUGUCCUCAUCGCCUCUGUGGGAAAACCCAAUUUGCCAGGAGCCGAAGCGAGUUUAACCUUCUGGUGUCCUAGAGACUGCUCUGCCCUAACCGCUGCAUGAAAAACAGGGGGAAGAAAAAUGAGUUUCCUGUUUGCCGUUGUCAGGUUCGAGAACCUUCACGAGGUGAAGAGGCUGUGCCACUGGGGGCCCAUGAUCGCCCUGUCGGUCAUCGCCAUCUGUUCCACAGUUGCCGUUUUGGACUCCAUCAUCUGGUACUGGCCCUUAGACACCACUGGUGGAAGCGUCAAUUUUAUCAUGUUGAUAAACUGGACGGUUCUCAUCCUUUACAAUUACUUCAACGCCAUGUUCGUGGGGCCUGGCUACAUCCCCCUGGGAUGGAAACCGGAAAAUUCACAAGAUUCCGUUUACUUACAAUUCUGUCGAGUAUGCCAAGGAUACAAAUCCCCAAGAUCUCACCACUGCCGCAAGUGUAACAGGUGUGUGAUGAAGAUGGAUCACCACUGCCCGUGGAUAAACAACUGCUGUGGUCACCUGAACCAUGCCUACUUCACCAGCUUCCUCCUGCUGGCACCCCUGGGCUGCGUCCAUGCAGCCUUCAUCUUCACCAUGACCAUGUACACCCAGCUCUACGACCGAAUAUCGUUCGGGUGGAGCUCGGUGAAAAUCGACAUGAGCGCCCUCAAGAGGACGCACAGUCCCAUCAUGCCGUUCAGCGUGCCCGCCUUCGCCGCCACGCUUUUCGCCCUGGGGCUGGCGCUGGGCACCACCAUCGCCGUGGGCAUGCUGUUUUGCAUACAGAUGAAAGUGAUUGUCCGAAACAAGACGUCCAUCGAAGCCUGGAUCGAGGAGAAGGCCAGGGACCGGAUCCAGUACUACCAAACGGGGGAAGAGUUCAUCUUCCCCUACGACCUGGGCAGCCGGUGGGAGAACUUCAAGCAGGUGUUCACCUGGUCAGGCGUACCUGAGGGGGACGGGGUAGAGUGGCCCGUGCACGAGAAGUGUCACCAGCACACCUUAACCAUUGAGCAGCUGAAACAGAAGGCUGACAAAAGAGUGAGAAGUAUCCAGUACCGAGUGGUUGAGGACUACAAUGGUGCCUGCUGUCCGAUCAGCAAGGGGCUCCGCACCUUCCUGCGCACGCCCUGCACUGAAGAGCCGCGCAUCAGCCUGACCCGGGGGGAGGUGCUGUUCGCCACCCGCGGGACCAAGUGGUGGAUGUACGGAGACAAAGUCCUGAGUGAGGAGCAAGCCAAAGCUGGAGACCGCAUGAGAGGGUGGUUUCCACGGAAAUGCGUGGAGAAGUGUCUGUACGACACGGCAAACAACUCCACCAGUGAAGAGAAGAAAGAGAACUAAUAUAUUGUAUAAAUGAAAUAAAAAAAACACUUUGUAAGGGGGGUGAGAAUGGGGUACCAGGCGCAUGUUUUAAUUUGGGGGGGGCUUUCGGUUUGUUCAGUUUAUCUCUUUACUUGAACCAAUUGUAGUAAUUAUGAUAAUAGUUCUCUUGUUUCCAUUUUUACUGUGCGACUGGAUCAGCCAGGACCGUGGCUGUGGAGGUCUCCGUAUUCUUUGUACAGUAGAAAUGACAUUUUUAUAUUAAGACGAGAGAGACCCUCAUCUUUUCUCUUCAGAUUUAAAAAAUAAAAUAUCCCUUACGUGAAAGGUUUCACACAUUUCAAAUGCCUGUUCACCCGAUAUUGCAUUGGUGAAAAUGAUUGUUUUCAAUGCUGUUAGAAUUAUGGUUAGAGCAGGGAUAAUCAAAUCUGGCCUUCAAAUCCAAAUCCAGCCCAUAGUUUUCUUUUCUUCCAGGUAAUUAAGUGAACGUUUAGUGCUACCAAUGGGCCAGACUGUCUUAGUGCCUGACUCCCAGGUAAAGGGAGGGUGGAAAACCAGCAGUUCUCGGCCCUUGAGGAAUGUGAUUUGUCGCUCCUUGGCGUACAAAAUGGAAGCUCUGGCAGGAGGCCGGAGUGCAAUUACGUUCAUUUGUAGAGAGAACUGUUUAGUCUGGAGAAUUCUUUUGAUUUUUAGGAUGAAGGACAUCUCUCCUAAGUGAAAUGGAGGAGGUGCAAUCUCCUUUUUAGCGUGUAAUCUAGAUAGCAUGUCCCAUUCCACGUAAAACUAAACGCCAAAUCUCUCUUCACUUUGACCUGCAUUUAAGCAAGCCUUACUAUUCUUUGAUAUGUAAUUUUCUUUUUCUUUUUUUUUGGUGAAUGACAAGCUGAACAUUUUGUGCAAUUGAAAGUCAUUAAAAGAAAAGAUGAAAACAGAAGAA